GCGUGCUACGUCGCCAGUGAGACGACGCACGGCGCCAGAUUCUCUCGCCGCCCAUAAUAAACCCAGUCUUCAUAUUUUCCGCACAUGGAACUUAUUUAAUAUCGGCACCAUGGAGGUCGUCGUCUGAGGAGCCGGCAUGGAGGCGGGAGGAGAAGGCGGGAUGGAGGAGGACCCUUGCCUCGGUCUGCGCCUGCGCCUGCACACAGACCAGCAGGCUGCCGCGACGGGGGACAGCGGCGGAGAAACGUCAACAACACCCGCAGAUCCAGCCAACAAGAGUCAAGUAGAGAUGCCAUCCCCAUUCGGAGCAGGCCAAACUCACGAGAAGAAGAUCGGCCACAGAAGAGUCGAUGCCUCAGGAGAAACCACCUACAAGAAGACCACCUCCUCCGCCUUAAAGGGGGCCAUCCAAUUGGGUAUUGGAUAUACCGUUGGCAACCUAAGCUCCAAGCCCGAGAGAGAUGUGCUCAUGCAGGACUUCUACGUGGUGGAGAGCAUCUUCUUCCCCAGUGAGGGCAGCAACCUCACGCCAGCCCACCACUUCCCAGACUUCAGGUUUAAAACGUACGCGCCCGUGGCUUUCCGCUACUUCCGGGAGCUGUUUGGGAUACGACCAGACGAUUACCUGUACUCCCUCUGUAACGAGGCACUCAUUGAGUUGACCAACCCAGGAGCCAGUGGCUCCAUAUUCUACGUCACCCGGGAUGACGAGUUCAUCGUCAAAACUGUCCAACACAAGGAGGCGGAGUUUUUACAGAAGCUUCUACCUGGUUACUACAUGAACUUGAACCAAAACCCUCGGACGCUGCUACCCAAGUUCUUCGGCCUCUACUGUGUCCAAAGCGGGGGUAAAAACAUCCGGGUCGUGGUGAUGAACAACAUUCUACCGCGCUCCGUACGCAUGCACCUGAAAUUUGACCUGAAGGGCUCCACUUACAAGAGGCGAGCGUCCAAGAAGGAGCGAGAGAAGUCCAAACCCACUUUUAAAGAUCUGGACUUUUUGAGUGAUGUUCCCGAGGGCCUCAAUCUGGACCAGGACACGUACGGUGCUCUGGUGAAAACUCUGCAAAGAGACUGCCUGGUCCUGGAGAGUUUUAAGAUCAUGGACUACAGUUUGCUCCUCGGAGUCCACAACAAGACACAAGCAGAGAGGGAGCGGCAGUCCCAGGGUUCGCCAGCAGAUGGCGCGGAUGAGACGCGGCCCCUCGCCCAGAAAGCUCUGUACUCCACUGCGAUGGAGUCUAUACUGGGAGGGUCCACGUGCAGGGAAACCCUGGACCACGACGACACAAUGGGCGGCAUCCCGGCUGCGGGAGUCAAAGGAGAGCGCCUCCUCUUGUUCAUCGGUAUCAUCGACAUUCUGCAGUCCUAUCGGUGGACGAAGAAAAUGGAGCACUCCUGGAAGUCUCUCAUCCAUGACGGGGACACGGUGUCCGUUCACAGACCCGGUUUCUACGCUGAGCGCUUCUACAAGUUCUGCAGCGACAUGGUCUUCAGGAAGAGUUGCUCAUUGAGGCCGUCCCCGUCCAAAAGAGGAAGAGUUCUCUCCAUGCACAAGUCCGCCGCCGGUGGAUCUGGACUGAGCAGCCAGCAUCCCUCGCAGAGUGAGGAGAGGCAAGAAAACCCGGACAACCUGCGAGGACCUCACAGCUUCCUGGUGCUGGAGGACGGAGGGCGAGAGCCGCCUUGCACGCCUCCCUCCUUUGAAGACGCCACCACCGCUUCCAUCGCCACCACGCUCUCCUCCGACAGCUCCUCACCCGCCACGCCCUUCGAUACACCCGAGCACCCGCGCAGCCGGAGACAAAUGCUCCCACCAUAUAUGUCCAAUUCUAGGUGCCACAAAGAGGUAGUUGAAGUUCACGAGAAGAAGCAGGACACUAUAACGGUGGAGGUGGAGCUCAGUCAAAUCCCGGCCAGCACGGAGCUCACACAGAGGACGCCCUCGCCAGCUGACAAUCAGCCCAGCUUCAUUCCUCCUCCUCUCAGUCCUUCAUCUGCACAUUCCUCAUCCACCCUUCCUCCCACCACUGCUCCAUCAGCUCGCCAGUUCUCCUCCACACUUUCCAGUUCCAUCCGCCCGUCCACCAAGGCCCUCAGCUCCCCCCACACCCACACGGUCCUUCACCCGACACCAACCACCGUGACCCCCUCGGCCCGCAAUGUGGCGACCGUGCCGCCCUCCUCCGCCUUCACCCCCAUCUGUCCUGCACCGCCUCAGUCCUCCCCUCAUCUCGCUGCCACGCCCCCCAGCAGUCCUCCGGCCCGGCAGGACUCCAGCAACCAGAUGUCUGAGUCCAGCAGCCACAACUCACUGGACGGGGAGGUGCAGGUGUCUGAUAUCUACUUUUAUGCAGACGGCAGAUACUGGGUGUACUCCCCGGUUCUCGGCCGCCGUAAGCUAAACUCCUGCUCCAGUUACGCUCAGCCUCAGGACGAGCGCAGCAGUGCACUUUCUCCUCUCUACGACUCGGAGGACGACUUGGCGGCAGGAAGGUCACGUGAUCAACAUGUCUGCUGACGUCAUUCCCCCCGUGUUUAUUGUCGCCUGUUUUUUUUCUCUUGCAGGACGGAGAAGCUGUGACGUGUUUUCCAGCGUGUGAUAUUUGAACGCCGCAACUCGACUGCAUGUGGACUUUUCAGUUAAAAUGAAACUUUACGACAUUUAUACUCGUCCCUGAAGGCAGCAGAAGAAGAAGAAUGGCCACUAUGCAACAUGGACGCUUAAAUGGGACAAGCGGCAGUAAAUGGAUGGAUGGAUGGGUUGUGUUGCUUAUUUGCACUUUUAAACGCACUUUUAAAAUCAUCCAUUUUCAAAAGACAUUGUUGUGUUUGUCUUAAAGUUGUGUGUGAACCCUAAAUGUUGCAGCACGGAAUAAAGGGCAUGUGACGAUGACGUCAUC